UUUGUUAUUUCUUGACUUGAUCAUCUGUUCGAUAAGUUAAUUCUGUAAUAAUGAAAAUUACUAGAUAUAAGAAAGUACAUCGAAAUUUGAACUUUUAUAUUAACAAUUUUGGUUUUCAUCAGCCAUUUCAAAUACUUAUUGACGGAACUUUCUGUUUCGAUGCGUUAAAGAAUCAAUUCAAUAUUCAAGAUCAGUUAAAGAAAUAUUUUCAAGCUGAGCUUAAACUUUUAACUACGCAAUGUGUAAUUGUGGAGACAGAAAAUUUAGGACCCAAAUUGGUUGGUGCCAUGAAAAUUGUAAAGCAAUUUGGUAUUCACAAAUGCGGACAUGAAAAGGCUCCAAUUGGUGCUAGUGAUUGCUUACUAUCGAUGGUAGGCAAAAGUAAUAGAGACAGAUAUGUCAUAGCUACCCAAGAUCGUGAUCUACAAGAAAAAAUUCGGGAAAAACCUGGUGUGCCUCUAUUGUAUCUGCAUCGUAAAGCACCAUGUUUAGAGCGACCUUCACAAACUAGCCGUGAUAAAGCUACUGAGAAUGCUACUGGAAGCUUCAAAGUCCAAACAAGGGAAGAGCUUGUAAUUAAGAAAUUAAAAGAAGAUGUUGGUUUAUCAGAAAACAACAAUGAACAGAAAAGGAAGAGAAGGAAAAAGAAAGGACCUAAUCCUUUAUCAUGUAAAAAGAAACAAAAGAAAAAUGAAAAUGCACAGGGGAUAAAAAAGCGAUCAAGGAAUAGAAUAAGAUUGCCUAAGCAAAUGAAGGCUCUAUUACAAGCACAUAUUAACUCAACUGUUGAUUAAAUUACAAUCUAGAAUAAAAUUUAAUAUAGAUUAAAUUAUGUUUUUCUUCAAAUAACA